AUGUAUAUUGGCCAAAAUCGGUACAAGAUUCGGGAGGGGGACGCCUUGAACACCAAUCUCGUCAAGAAUCAUCGAGAUCCAGGGGUCUAUGUGGUGAAUGCGGAAAGUGUUAAGCCAGAAAGGAUGUUGGAUGAGGCGUUUCAGAAGCUGCCGCCGAGAUCGUAG